ACCUUUUUGAGAAACUCGUCUAGCUGUCUCGCCCUCAUCGCCAGAAAGCUGCAUUCGAUGCAUAGACCAUGGCUGGUCUCCAUCCAGUCUCCCUUCUCGUUUUCGCGUCGUCCGUCGCUUGCUGUGCUCUGGGUGCUUUCGCUUCAUAUGCCGACUACGCAGAUCAGCACGGGAAAAGGUCGCGCUACAAAGGCCACAGGCGAGCGAGAUCUCGCCCGAGGCACGCGAAUGCAAGGCAGCAUGGCGCUUGAGGUUCUCAUGCCUGGUGAAACGGC